UUCCUAUGAUGAAAUCAUAAUCUUUCAGUCAGUUUAAUUGAAAUCUUUCGCUGGGCGUAUGACAUUUGCGCCGAUUUUGAAAAUUUUCAUUCUUUCAUUUGCGCCGAUUUCAUUUUUUCAUUUGCGCCGAUUUUAUAUUUGCUCCUAAUUAGAUUUACAGGUAAGUUAAAACUUGUACAUGUCCUGUGCUACACCAUUGGUAAAAUCUGGUUAUAAUUGUUUUUCAUCCAUGUUUAAGUUCAUAUUGUUCUGGAACUUCGUUGUAACUUGAUUGACAUAUUGCACACUGAAACGGACCGAGGAGUCAAUUCUUUAACAAUCGAGGGCCAUACAUAUCGGAAGGUCGGCGUUCUGAUACAUAACAACAUAUCCAUAGCGGGCAUACAAAUGUACCAUAAAAUUGUGUAAAGCCAGAGUAACCAUGGAUUCUAUUGUCAAAACAUAGACCGAGCAUUUAAAGACAGAUGCUAAAGAACUACGGAUACGGUCAACAAGGAAAAAAGUCUGGAGAUGUAUCUUGUAGGCCUUCUUCCACCUCCCAGUGGUGAGCAGGGGACAACAGUUAUAUACAUGGUGUGAUUGACAAUCCAUUACAUUUGUACAAGUGGCAAUUGGAAGAGGUGUAUAAUGAUAAAUGAAAAAUAACAUCACUUGGAUGGAGAGUUCUCUCAUUGACACGCAUAUCACAUCUUCUUAUAUCUAUUUACCUGUAAUUUACCUGUAACAUAAUCGGCGCAAAUGAAAACAAAAAUCGGCGCAAAUGAAAGAAAAAAUCGGCGCAAAUGAAAGAAAAAAAUCGGCGCAAAUGAAAUGCAGAUCGGCGCAAAUGCAAAACGCCGCUGUAGCUGGCAUGUCAGUUAACUGCUAGUAGUCUGUUGGAACCACCCUUUUUUUGGCUAUUAAUGCAUUUGAAUGGGGACAUGUAGUUGGAACCCCCUUUUGUCCUGUGUUAGGAACCCCCCUUUUUUUAAAAUGGCUGGAUCCGCCCCUGGCUAACCAAUUCGUGAUGGCGUCUGUUAAUAAAGGCAACAGUAGUAUACCAAAACUUAUGAAGCGAAGUCUUGUGAUGAUGUAGCUAUAAUAGGAGCCGGUAUUGCUGGAACAUACGCUGGAUGGAGACUGAGAAAACUAAAUAAACAAAUAACUGUGUAUGAAUACUCUAACAGAGUAGGGGGAAGAUGUUACACGAUGAAAUUUCCAGAAAUUCCUGACAUUAAUGUUGAGCUCGGCGCUAUGCGAUUCACUGCUGCAUCACAUAAGCUACUGUAUGAUACCAUACGAGAACUUGGACUUCCGGUGCAAAAAUUCGUCUUAGGUGGUGGAGCAUCAGGAGAUACUGCUGUACACGUACGUGGAACACACCUACAAUACAAAGAUUUAGGAGGUACCAGUACGCCUUAUAACCUACUUCCGAACGAACGGAAAGCAGUUAGUCAACUUAAAUGGGAAAUAUUUCAGAAUUAUACCGACGUAAUGACGACCAUUGUCCCUGAAGAUGAUAAACCAUUUCAAAUUAAAGAUGUUGAUGGACUACAAAUGUACAAGCAGAGUAUCAAUUCUUUGUAUCAUAAAUUCCUUAGUUCAGAAGCACAAAGUUAUAUCAGAGACACGGCGUCUUUCUUAGAUUUAGGCGUUAGUGCAUCGGCAGAGGUAAUGACGUCUCCACCUUCUCAAGAAGAGGAUGAAGUUUCAACAGUGACAACAGGAUUUGGUUCUAUACCUGAAAAGCUACUUGAAGAGUUCCUACGGGCGAGUCGAAAGCACGAUAUCAGACUAAAUCACCAUUUGAAAGCAAUCAAGAAAAUGAGAAAUGGUAAUUACAAUUUGUACUUUGAACCGACGAUAACCGUAAAUGGACGAACUAGCAUUAUAAAGAUCAAACCUUUAAUGAAGAAGUGUGCAAAAAAAGUUAUUCUUGCAGUCAAUAGACUAUCACUUGAAAGCCUGAACUGGAAAGGUUUGCACCAACCUCAUAUCAGAGAAUACAUUACGAGAGCGGUAAAAGAUGUCAGCGCUGGGAAAUUUUUUCUAGCUUACAAUUUUCCUUGGUGGAGAAAAUCUACGGUUUACUCCAAUUAUGUUAUAUCAGAUACCCCAUUGAAGCAAACUUACGAUUUCGGAACAUCAAGAGCUAAUCCUACACAAUCCAUAUUACUACCCAUGUACAAUGAUGGUAACAUACCAUACUGGAACGAACUAAUUGAAAGGGAGCACGGUAAUAUAAACAACAGUGAUGCGGUCUUCUCCGUUGGGAAAGAAAUUGUCAAAGUUACACAGAAGUAUUUAUCUUCCAUAUAUCGACUUCCACUCACAGACAUACCACCACCAAUAAAUGGAAUUAUUAGUUAUUGGCAGAAUUAUCCAUAUGGUGGGGCGUGGCAGCUAUGGAUGCCGGGAUAUAUAUGGCCAGAAGUUGAAAGGCAGAUGACUAAGCCGUCAAAGAAAGAUGAUGUGUUUGUUGCUGUAAAUGCUUUCAGUUCUCGUUCUUUGUCAUACGACUCUAACUCAGCAUUACAAGUAGUGGAGCUUGUUAUGCCAUAUUUUGGUGUAAAAAGUAAAGUGUAAACAUUGUACAUGUAGGCUCCAACUUUAUUUCUAAAGUAUGUUUGUGACUUUUUCCUUUCUAACCUUUAAAAAAAUAAAACUCGUCUUUUAUGAA